AUGGCAAAAAGAACUUUAAACUCCCUAGAGAGAUUUUACUACUAUCGAGGUGAGCUGAAUGUUCUUUCUUCCAUUUUUGUAGCAGUGCAAUUGAACAAGCUUCCAACUAAAGAGCAACUGUUUCAAACAUUAAAAAAACUAAUCGAAGAGUACCCUCAACUUCACUGCAAUAUAUUCAAAGAUGAAACGAAUGGCGAGUUGAUUAUCAAAUCAAUAGAGAAGCGUCCAAUCGAAUUUGACGAUGUUGUUGAGUAUGUCUCUUCUAGGGAUGAUGAUGAAGGUAUAAAUGACAUAUUCAAAAAUUACCAAUUUCCAUACCACGUUGAAAAACCUUUGUGGAAAAUAUUGAUAGACCGCGAUAAGAGAAGACAGACGCUAGUGGUAAAUCAUGUUUUAUUUGAUGGAAUAUCUUGUGUAAAGUUUUGGGAAUCCUUUUUUAUGACUUUGAAUGAUUUAUCCGCUGAAGAAGGUGAUAAUAACGAAGCCUUAUUCUCACCUCAGGUAGAUGUUAACACUGUUCCGGUCGUUCAUCCCUAUGAGAAUUGGCCCGUAACAUGGAAAUAUGUAAUCCUGCGACCUCUUUUGGCGACCAUAUUCAAAUGGUCACCCAGUGCCUUGCUUAGACUGAACCCUAAUCUUUUCCAAUUCAAAAGUUACAUCUUUCCUAGUGGUCUUUUGGAGAGUAAGAAAGACAAUAUGAAAACUGGCUUCCAAAUCAGAAAUGACAAUUGUCAAUUUAUUUUAAAACUAUCUUCUGUAAAGUUGAAGCGUGUCCUCCGGGAAUGCAAAUCCAAUAAAGUCUCGCUAACUAGUUUUUUGGCGUCAUUGAUUUGUCUUACCUUGAAGAAUACCUCGAAAAGUGAUGAUUACAAAGGGUCUAUACUAAAAGUCGAUAUACCUAUGAACACCAGAAAGGCAUUAGGAGACCGAUUUAAUGAUCUCGACUCUAAGACCCUCCAGUUAGGAAAUCUGGUAGCUUCUCUGCAGAUUCAAAAAGACAUGAACGAUUUGGAUGACAUUUGGGCAGCAGCUAAAGAUUUUCAACAUGGUCUAAAGCUGCAAAGUGUUGAUAACAUAAACGAAACAAUCAAUAAUACUAAACUUUUAGAUGUGGUCGAUGAGGCGGAUUUUGUCAUCGAAAAAUUGAAGACUAACGGACCCCCCGGCACUUUUGAAAUUACAAAUCUAGGUUUUCAAUCGUUUUGUUUGAAGGAGAAUCCCGACGCAGAAUUUAUUGUCGAAGAUUCUAUUUUCAACGAACCGCAAAGUACGGCAAGUAUUUUUACAUGUGCCGUUGUCUCCACCCAACUGGGUGGACUCACUUGUUCGAUAAGCUAUCCAAGAGAAAUCAAAUCACAGUUUCAACCUUUUGUUGAUAGCAUCAGUAAUUAUUUCUCCACAAGAGAGGAUUGA